AUGGCUCCUCAGCUCGACUUCAAGGACCUCGUUGUCCUCAUCACCGGUGCCGGCGGUGGUAUCGGCAAGGCUUACUGCCACCUCUUCGGCUCGCGCGGCUCCAAGGUCGUCGUCAACGAUGUCUCUGAGAAGGCUGCCCAGGCUGUUGCCGACGAGAUCAUUGCCAACGGCGGACAGGCCGCCAUCGCCAUCGGCUCGGUCACCGACGGCCAGAAGAUUGUCGACCAGGCCGUCAAGGCCUUUGGCACCGUCCACGUCCUCAUCAACAACGCCGGCAUCCUCCGCGACAAGUCGUUCGCCAAGAUGAGCGACGCCGAGUGGGACGCCAUCAUCGCCGUCCACCUCAAGGGCGCCUACUCCAUGACCAAGGCCUGUUGGCCCCUCUUCCGCAAGCAGAAGUUUGGUCGUGUUAUCAACACUGCUUCGCCUGCUGGAGUAUAUGGCAAUCGGGGCCAAGUAAACUACAGGUCGGAGGGUCGUAAAAAGGUGGUUGGGUGGAUGUGUGGUAUGGUGGUGUGGCGGUGUGGCAGUGUGGCACCAAUUUCGGUGGUUUCGACGACUGUGGUGGAGGCCAGAGCUAACGACAGUGCCGCCAAGGCUGCGCUCAUUGCCUUCUCGAUGUCGCUUACCCGUGAGGGCCCCAAGUACAACAUCAAGGCCAACACCAUCGUCCCCCUCGCCGCUUCGGCCAUGACCGAGACUGUCAUGCCCCCCGACGUCCUCAAGUCGCUCACCGCUGAGCACAUUGCCCCUCUUGUCGGUGUUCUUACCGCCAAGAAUGGACCCGACGUUGGUGGCCGCAUCUUCGAGCUCGGCGGAGGCUUCUUCUCCGAGGUCCGCUGGGAGCGCUCGCAGGGUUACAUCUGGAAGACCGACAAGUCCUUCACCCCCUCGGCCGUCGCUUGCAAGUGGGACAAGGUCAUGGACUUCUCGCACCCCGAGUACCCCACCGACGCCGUCCCUCAGGACAUGAUCCGCGUCCUCGAGGCCCAGCCCACUCUCCAGCCCAACGAGCAGGGCCCCACUGUCUCGUUCAAGGACCAGACCAUCAUCAUCACCGGUGCUGGUAACGGUCUCGGCCGCUCGUACGCCAUUGAGCUGGCCCGCGGCGGCGCCAACGUUGUCAUCAACGACGUUUCCGAGAAGGCCGCCCAGGCUGUCGUUGACGCGAUCAAGGCUGCCGGUGGCAAGGCUGCCGCUGCCGUCUGCUCGGCCACUGACGGUGAGGCCAUCGUCAAGACUGCCCUUGACAACUUCGGCGGUCUCCACGGCGUUAUCUGCAACGCCGGUAUCCUCCGCGACAAGGCCUUUGUCAACAUGACCGACGACAUGUGGGACGCCGUCAUCGACGUCCACCUCACCGGCACCUUCAAGGUGUGCAAGGCUGCCUGGCCCAUCUUCUACAAGCAGAAGUACGGCCGUAUCAUGACGACCGCUUCGCCCAACGGUGUCUACGGCUGCCACGGCCAGUGCAACUACGCCACUGCCAAGUCUGGUCUCAUCGGCUUCAUGCGCGCCCUUGCCAUUGAGGGCCAGAAGCACAACAUCUUUGUCAACACCAUCGCCCCCCGCGCUGGUACCGCCAUGACCGCCACUGUCUGGACCAAGGAGAUGCUCGAGACCUUCAAGCCCGACUUCAUUGCCCCCAUUGUCGCGUACCUCGUGUCGGACCGCUGCGAGCAGACCGGCACCUUCUACGAGACCUUCGGUGGCUACGCCGCCCAGCUCCGCUGGCAGCGUUCGGGCGGUGUCGCCCUCCCCAACGACAAGCCCGCGACCCCCGAGAAGAUUGCGUCGCACUGGUCGGAGCUCACCAAGUUUGACGACCGCGCCACCAACCCUACCUCGACCCAGGAGUCGUUCAUGGCCAUCAUGGAGAACUUUGAGAACAAGUCGGGUGCCGGCUCGUCUGGCGGCGACGCCCCCGCCGUCGACAUUGACCCCAAGGACUCGGACGCCGUCAAGGAGGCCAAGCAGAACGCCCCCGCUCCCUCGGACUGGACCUACUCGGAGCGCGACGUCAUGCUCUACAACCUCGGCAUCGGCGCCAAGGCCACCGACCUCGACCACACCUACGAGGGUGCCGACAACUUUGAGUCGUACCCCACGUUCCCGGUCCUGUCGCAGUUCAUGGCCGACAACGGCGUCGACCUCAACGCGAUUGUCCCCAACUUCAACCCUGCCAAGCUCCUCCACGGCGAGCAGUACCUCGAGCUCAAGGCUCCCAUCCCCGUCGACGCCACGCUCGAGCUCCGCCCCCGUCUCGUCGAGGUUCUCGACAAGGGCAAGGCCGCCUCGGUCACCACUGCCAUCCAGGGUGUGAACAAGGCCAACGGCGAGGUCAUCUUCGACACGUCGUCGACGACCUUCAUCCGCGGCUCGGGCGGCUUCAACGGCCCGCGCACGGGCAAGGACCGUGGUGCGGCGACCGCGGCCAACGAGCCCCCCAAGCGUGGCCCGGACGCCGUCAUUGAGGAGAAGACGUCCGAGGACCAGGCGGCCCUCUACCGUCUCUCGGGCGACUACAACCCGCUCCACAUCGACCCCCAGUUCUCCGCCAUCGGAGGCUUCCCCAAGCCCAUCCUACACGGCCUCUGCUCCAUGGGCUUCGCCGGCCGCCACGUCUACCAGACUUUCGGCCCCUACAAGGACAUCAAGGUCCGCUUUGCCGGCAUUGUCAUCCCCGGCGAGACCCUCGUCACCGAGAUGUGGAAGGAGGGCGACAAGGUCAUCUUCCGCACCUCGGUCAAGGAGCGCAAGGCCCCCGCCAUCUCCAACGCCGCCGUCACCCUCGUCCCCCAGGGCGAGCUCAAGUCCAAGCUCUAA